AUGGAUUUGCUUCCUUCUUUUUGCUAUGGAACCUAUGUUCAUGCAAGUAUACAUGCUGAUUUUAUAGACCAAUUUUCAAAUCUGCUAAAAGAAGGUAAAGUUUAUGCUGACAAAGACUUUGUGGCCGUGUCUUACUACCACCAGUAUAAAACUACACAGCAUAAAUACAUGAUGAGGUUUAAUCAAUACACAACUAUUGAGAGACAUAGGAGAAAAGAUGUUAUUGGUAGAGUAGUUGAGUUCUAUUCUCCUAAGGAUAAGGUUAUUGCUGGUUUCCCCACACAGUUGGUUGAUUUUUUGAUUGAAGACUCAAAGGGAAAUCGAAUAAAAUGUACAUUAUGGGAUGAACAUGUACCUGCUGUUAUGCCAUUUUUCAAUAACCAUGUGGAUGGCCAUUUGAUCGUUUUGCUCCAACUUUUUCGUGCCAAAAUAGUUGACAGUGAGGUCAGGAUUUCAAGCUCAUACACUACUACAAAAGUUUUAUUCAAUUUGGACUGCCAAGAGUUUGCAGAUUUCAGAAAUAGUUUGAAGGUUAAUUGUAGCCCACUCAGAAGUAUUUCAGUGCUGUCUUAUGGUCAUAAUGCUAAUAAUUCCCAAUCUCCUAUGGUUGUCAGCACAAUACGAGAUUUGUAUGAAAGGGCUGAGAGACUUACUACUUUUGUGACACCUGACACCUGCAAGACUAAUUGGGCAGAAGGGAAUGUGAGAUACAAAGUAAUUGUUAGGGUUCUAGACAAAACAAGUGAUGCACCUUUUGUAUUGUGGGAUAAAGACUGUUUUGACCUUCUGGGCAUUACUGCCUAUGAUUUGAAAACCAAGUAUUCUAUGGCUAAGAUGCAGGUUCCAGCUGAGUUUGAACAGCUGAGGAACAAAUCUAUGGUGUUUAGAAUCAAUCUCAAGAAUGAACACAUUAGGAACCCAGCAAAGCCUAUAUCAGUGUUAAGUGUUAUUCAUAAUGAGGAAUUGCAAGCUCAAUACUGUCCAUCUAUGGUGGAUGAUCACGAUGAAUUAUCUAGGAUGGUAGAGGAAGACGCAGAUGACCUAGAAUCAGAUGAAAGCGAAUCAGGUGAUGAGGCUAUUAGUCCAUCAGUGCAAGCUAACUUGAAGCUAAAAGGUGUGGCCAAUGAUCAAGAUGAAGUUAACACAGGUGUUAUUAAGAGAUGCCUACUUGACCAAUUCUCAUCAAGUCAGAAUUUGAAGAAGUCUAGGCCAUUAGUGAUCAAGCAAGAAAAGAAUUGA